AUGCCGUUAGCGAACGAACCGCUAGGCAAUGGUUCCAAAAGUUCAAGUCAGAGGAUUAGUGAUGCACCACGCAGCGGUCGGCCACGAGCGCUGGACGAUGAGGCCCUGAGAGCAGCCAUAGGGAGUGACAGCAGUCAAACAUGUGCUGAGCUUACUGCACAUUUCCAGGUAUCUGAUCAAACGUUCAGACUCCAUUUGCACUGCAUAAGAAAUACAUACAAGCUGAGCAAAUGGGUACUCCACUCACUCUCUGAGGCAAACAAGCAAAGGCGUGUCGCUGCCUGUUUAUCAUUGCUUACUCGGCACCGCAAUGCAUCCACAUUUGAUCUAGUACUCACCAGCGAUGAAAAGUGGGUCCAGUAUGACCCACUCAAGCGUUCCAGACAUUGGUUGUCAGCACGGGACCCUGUGACUCACACUGUGAGACCUUUUCUCCAUCCACGCAAGAACAUGCUCUGUAUCUGGUAG